GAAACCCGGUAAAAGUACCGUUGAAUUAUCUCAAGUGAGUGAUGUAGAUUUUGAAAAGUUGUCAGAGUUUAAGCCUUGUGCGGAUGAAAUUCCUCGUCAACAGGUGGCAACCGAAAGAGUUGUUGUAAGUAGAAGGGAUCUUAAACCAUCAGAGAAACCAGAGAAACCUAAGUAUAAGAAAGAUCCGGAUAUUGGACGCAUUGUGAUUGAAGAGAUUCCUGAAAAGGAAGAAACUCGAGAACGGGAGAUUGUUCAGAAGGAGCCAGUCGACCCAAAGAAAAUCGACAUGACAGUACGUAGACGUGAAGUUGAUGAACGACCAAAGACCUAUGCUAAAAGAGAUGUUAAAGUUGGUAAACUUGAUAUGAUCGAGUUGGAGCGGGAAACUAUUGAAUUAAGUCGACCAUACGAAAGAAUAACAAAACCUAUUGAUAGAGAAUCUGAGUUGAGGGGUAAAAAACCAAAGAAAGAGAAAAUUGAUCAAUAUCGUCCGCAAGGCGAAGAAUUUGACAAAGCCUAUACCUACGACUACAAAUCUCGAACAGAUGACACUGAAAUCACUCAGCAACGGGUAACUGCUGAGAAGAUUACUGUCAGCAGAGAAGAUAGAACUCAAAUAGAGGAAACAGAAAAACCACGAUAUCCCAAAGAUCUUGAUAUUGGACGUAUUGUGAUUGAAGAAGCUCCAGAGGAAAAAGAAGAAAUAUUGAAACGUGACGUUGUUAGGAGAGAUGAGGUGAAGCCAAGACGUGAGGAUAUGAAAACUCCGUAUGAAGCUGAAAAAGUUCCUGGAGUGCAAAUGAGAGAAGAAAUUAUCAGAGUUGGCAAGCUUGAUGUUACUGAGUACGAGAAAACACAAAAGGAUUCAGAAAGAACUUACGUUGAGCGGUUGAGAAAAGACCAGAAGCCCAAAUAUGAAAAGAAAAAGGAAGAAAGAAUUGAUCAUUAUCGUCCGCAAGGCGAAGAAUUUGACAAAGCCUAUACCUACGACUACAAAUCUCGAACAGAUGACACUGAAAUCACUCAGCAACGCGUAACUGCUGAGAAGAUAACUGUCAGCAGAGAAGAUAGAACUCAAAUAGAGGAAACAGAAAAACCACGAUAUCCCAAAGAUCUUGAUAUUGGACGUAUUGUGAUUGAAGAAGCUCCAGAGGAAAAAGAAGGAAUAUUGAAACGUGACGUUGUUAGGAGAGAUGAGGUGAAGCCAAGACGUGAGGAUAUGAAAACUCCGUAUGAAGCUGAAAAAGUUCCUGGAGUGCAAAUGAGAGAAGAAAUUAUCAAAGUUGGCAAGCUUGAUGUUACUGACUACGAGAAAACCCAAAAGGAUUCAGAAAGAACUUACGUUGAGCGGUUGAGAAAAGACCAGAAGCCCAGAUAUGAUAAGAAAAAGGAAGAAAGAAUUGAUCAUUAUCGUCCGCAAGGCGAAGAAUUUGACAAAGCCUAUACCUACGACUACAAAUCUCGAACGGACGACACUGAAAUCGCUCAGAAAAGCGUAACUGCUGAGAAGAUUACUGUCAGCAGAGAAGAUAGAACUCAAAUAGAGGAAACAGAAAAACCACGAUAUCCCAAAGAUCUUGAUAUUGGACGUAUUGUGAUUGAAGAAGCUCCAGAGGAAAAAGAAAAAAUAUUGAAACGUGACGUUGUUAGGAGAGAUGAGGUGAAGCCAAGACGUGAGGAUAUGAAAACUCCGUAUGAAGCUGAAAAUGUUCCUGGAGUGCAAAUGAGAGAAGAAAUUAUCAAAGUUGGCAAGCUUGAUGUUACCGACUACGAGAAAACACAAAAGGAUUUAGAAAGAACUUACGUUGAGCGGUUGAGAAAAGACCAGAAGCCCAGAUAUGAUAAGAAAAAGGAAGAAAGAAUUGAUCAUUAUCGUCCGCAAGGCGAAGAAUUUGACAAAGCCUAUACCUACGACUACAAAUCUCGAACAGAUGACACUGAAAUCACUCAGCAACGCGUAACUGCUGAGAAGAUUACUGUCAGCAGAGAAGAUAUGACUCAAAUAGAGGAAACAGAAAAACCACGAUAUCCUAAAGAUCUUGAUAUUGGACGUAUUGUGAUUGAAGAAGCUCCAGAGGAAAAAGAAGAAAUAUUGAAACGUGACGUUGUUAGGACAGAUGAGGUGAAGCCAAGACGUGAGGAUAUGAAAACUCCGUAUCAAGCUCAAAAAGUUCCUGGAGUGCAAGUUAAAGAAGAGGUUAUCAAAAUUGGCAAGCUUGAUGUCACCGACUACGAAAGAACGAGAAAAGAUGAGAUACAAAUAGUUGAAAGUCCACGAAAGGUAAGAAAAGACUUGAAACCCAGCGAAAGUACCGUUGAAUUAUCUCAAGUGAGUGAUGUAGAUUUUGAAAAGUUGUCAGAGUUUAAGCCUUGUGCGGAUGAAAUUCCUCGUCAACAGGUGACAACCGAAAGAGUUGUUGUAAGUAGAAGGGAUCUUAAACCAUCAGAGAAACCAGAGAAACCUAAGUAUAAGAAAGAUCCGGAUAUUGGACGCAUUGUGAUUGAAGAAAUUCCUGAAAAGGAAGAAACUCGAGAACGGGAGAUUGUUCAGAAGGAGCCAGUCGACCCAAAGAAAAUCGACAUGACAGUGCGUAGACGUGAAGUUGAUGAACGACCAAAGACCUAUGCCAAAAGAGAUGUUAAAGUUGGUAAACUUGAUAUGACCGAGUUGGAGCGGGAAACUAUUGAAUUAAGUCGACCAUACGAAAGAAUAAAAAAACCCAUUGACAGGGAAUGUGAGUUGAUGGGUAAAAAACCAAAGAAAGAGAAAAUUGAUCAAUAUCGUCCGCAAGGCGAAGAAUUUGACAAAGCCUAUACCUACGACUACAAAUCUCGAACAGAUGACACUGAAAUCACUCAGCAACGCGUAACUGCUGAGAAGAUUACUGUCAGCAGAAAAGAUAGAACUCAAAUAGAGGAAACAGAAAAACCUCGAUAUCCUAAACAUCUUGAUAUUGGACGCAUUGUGAUUGAAGAAGCUCCAGAGGAAAAAGAAGAAAUAUUGAAACGUGACGUUGUUAGGAGGGAUGAGGUGAAGCCAAGACGUGAGGAUAUGAAAACUCCGUAUGAAGCUGAAAAAGUUCCUGGAGUGCAAAUGAGAGAAGAAGUUAUCAAAGUUGGCAAGUUUGAUGUAACCGACUACGAGAAAACACUAAAGGAUUCGGAGAAAACUGAUAUUGAGCGGUUAUGGAAAGGACAAAAGCCAAAAGAAAAGCCAGACACUCAAACGACACGUCAUAGAAUCGAAGAUGUAAGUUACGAUAGAGACAGACCAUACGACCGUAGAUCUGCACGCUAUGAUGAUACCAGAUUCUAUCAUAAAGAAAUGGACGAAAGAACAGUUAAAGUUCGUCGAGAUGACGAAGCAUACCGAGAUGGUAUACAGCGUGAGAAAUAUCCCGAAGAUAAAGAGGUUAUGUCCGAGGAAAAAAUCCAGCUAGAUAUGCCAGGAGAUAUCUAUCGAAAAUUGGUAGAACAACCACGAAUUACGGAAGUAGCGACUAUGCAGUACGACGUUGAAGACGUUGGAAAAUCCGACAUUAGAGAGUUUGAAAAAAGAGUAGAACCGAAGACUUCCAUACAGACAGACAGAUUCAGAGAACCGCAAGAGGCAAGAAAGGAUGAAAAACCAAAGGAGGAAAGGAUUGACCAUUAUCGUCCGCAAGGUGAAGAGUUUGACAAAGCCUACACCUACGACUAUAAAUCUCGUACAGAUGACACUGAAAUUCCUGAACAGCAAGUAACCUCAGAGAAAAUAACUGUCAGUAGAAGAGAUAUAACCCGUAUGGAAAGGAUUGAAGAAACAAGAUACCCGAAAGAUCUUAAUAUUGGACGUAUUGUGAUUGAAGAAACUCCUGAGGAAGAAGAAGAAAUAUCGAAACGUGACGUUGUCAAGAGGGAGGAAGUGAAACCAAGACGUGACGACGUACAGACAAAGGCUGCCAGAAAGCAAAUGAAAGAAGAUGUAGUUACAUCCAGUAGACUGGAUCCAAACAACUACACGAUAACAGAGACACAGCCUGGAAAAGAAAUGACUAUUUAUACUGAAAGAUUAGGACAAGAUCGCAAGGGGGACAAAAGACCAAAGGAAGAUAGUAUCGCCCAUUAUCGUCCACAAGGGGAGGAAUUUGACAAAGCCUAUACCUAUGACUACAAAUCCCGAACAGAUGACACUGGUGUAACUCAGCAACAAGUAUCCUCAAAAAGAAUAACCGUCAGCAGAGAAGAUAUCACUCGUUUGGAGAAAACUGAAGAACCAAAAUAUCCUAAAGAUCAUCAUAUUGGACGUAUUGUUAUUGAGGAAAUUCCUGAAGAGAAGGAAGAACUUACUAAAGGUGAGCCUAGACGAAGAGACAAGGUUAGGCCAAGAAGUGAAGAGAUAAAAACACGUUUUGAAGUUGAAAGAGGCGCAAGACCGCAAAUGAGAGAAGACGUUAUUAAAGUCGGUAAGAUUGAUGUCACUGACUACGAGAAAACACAAAGAGAAGUUGAACGAGUUGAAGAAAGAAUUGGCUCAACGGAUCGUAAGCCAAGAAAGGAAAAAUCAUUUGAUCCAAAAACGAAAGAAAGUUACUUUGAUGAAACAUGUGAUGCAAGAAAGCCAGACGAACAAAGGCCUCGUUAUGACGAAACUGAAAUAACUAAAGGAAAGUUCGGAACAGAGAAGGUCAGUGUAAUAAGAGCAUACGAUGAUGGAAAAGUAGACAGAAUGGAAAGACAGAAGUCGCCAAGAGAUCAUGAAGUUGGUCGCAUUCUCAUUGAAGAAACAGUCGAAGAAGUACCUAAAGAGUCGAGACAAAUAACUGACAAAUCUCAAGAAGAAACUACAACCUUCCGUAAAUCUGCAACGGAUAUUCAAAGAAAAGGUGUGAAAGAUAUUAAGGAAACGCACAUUUACAAAGAAGAAAAACGAUUUGGGCCACGAGGACCUGAAGAGCAGUUCCUACCGGAGACAGAAAGACUGGAUCAUGUGAGAAAGGUUCGUAAAGAUGAGACAUCUGACGGUACAUCUUUUGAUCGUCGCGUUCUUGAGGAUCUCGAUUCACUGUCUCGAAAAGAUCCGAAGACCUUUACAGAUGAUCCAUUUGAACAAAUGGAACAUUUUCCAACUGAACGAAUCAGUGUUAGCAGGAAAGAUAUUGCCAGGACAGAAGAACCAGAAAAACGAAGACUCCCGAAAGAUCUCGACAUCGGACGUAUUGUGAUUGAAGAAAUUCCUGAGAAAGAAAAACUCCCAAAACGAGACGAACAACAAAGAGACCGCUCAAAACCAACGAAGAGGGGGGCAGUAGAAAAGAAAGAAAUAACAAAAAUGCCAAGAAAGGAAGUCGUAGAACACGAUCCAAAGUUAUACAAGGGAAAUACACCACUGAUUAUGAAGAACGCCCUUGGGAAAGACGGUCAGUGGAUGAAAGAGUUACAACAUAUACCGAGAGAUUACGUCAGCCAAAACAAGAUGACAAGCCAGACAGACGUGAUACGGUUCCAAAUUAUAUCGAAGACACAACUUACCUGAAGGAGAUUCGUGGUCAUCGCGAGCCAGGACGAGAUGAACCUCUCGUAACCCAAAUAUCAACAGAAAAGGUAUCCUUUAGCAGAACUGAUGGAAUCUCAAGAGAAGAGGCUAAACGCCAUGAUCAUCCAAGAGAACAGCAAAUUGGUCGCAUUGUCAUUGAUGAAAUUCAAGAGGAACCUGAAAGAAUUGCAGAACAUAAAAAAGUGAGAAAAGAAGAUCAACCCAUGAAACGACAACCAUGUCAUCUUGAAGUGGAGGAUGUUGAAACAUUUGAUCGACGAUAUGGCACAGAACCCCAAGAAGAUGAAACUCCUCGUAAGCAUGUAUCUAGUGACAGAGUAACCAUCCCCAAGUACGAUGCUACCAAACAAGAGAAAACAGAAAGACGGAAACAUCCUAAGGAUGUUAACAUUGGUCGCAUUGUGAUUGAAGAAGUACCAGAAGAAAAGGAACGCACGCUAAUAAAAGAACCCCGAGAUACCCAAGUAAUGAUUUCUCGGAAAGAAGUAAAGGAUAUCCUCAAAGCCACGAGAUGAAACAAUCAGGGUUGGUAAACUCGACUUGCGUGAUGUUGAAAAAGAGAUCUUGGAAUCCAGGAAAACAAAGGAAACAUUGAUAACGCAUUCAGAGCGAAUAGAUCACAGUCGCAAGUUCGUGACAGACCAACACAUUGCGGAAGAUACUAAGAUUGAU